AUGGCAGGUUUCACGACAUUGCGUCCUCGUGAUUUCACCGGAUACGGAGAUCUUCCUCCCAGAUUCACUUGGCCUGGGGGAAAGAAAGUCGCAACCAACUUGGCCAUCAACUACGAAGAGGGCACCGAGCGCAACCCACUCUUGGGCGAUAGCGAGCGCGACCUUAUGCAGGAGGGCGAGUAUGAAUAUGGCACGCGUGCCAUCAUCUGGCCCUUGCUGCGUCACUUCAAGGAAUUUGACGCACCGUAUAGUGUUUUCCUGUCGUCUGAUGCUCUCACCGUCAACGUCAACCCAGCGCUGUCCGAGAUGCCGAAAACCGAGGACUGCGACAUUGUCUCCCACGGCACCCGCUCGAUCAGCCGGGUCGGGCUCACGGAAGAGAUGGAGAGAGCCGACCUAUGCUGGUCAAUUAACCAAGCUGGUAAGAGAAUUCUUGGCGCAUUCCCCAGGUCGCCCAUCACCGAGAACAACCGUCGCAUCAUGGCCGAUGCUGGCCCGUAUACCGGCUCGACUGACUGUUUCGACUACCUCAAGGACGCCUUCGACAUCCUGUAUCCCGAAUCUAAUGAGAGCGCAACGAUGAUAUCGAUUGGUUUGCACGCUCAGAUUAUGCGCCCGGGAGGUGUCGCCUCUAUUAUUCGCUUCCUCGAGUACGUGAACAAGGAUUCUUUAGAUCUGUAG